AUGAAGGGUAAAGCAUCAGACAUGUACAGCAAGGACUGUGUCAAAGUGGCCAUCAGAGUCAGACCGUUCAACAAGAGAGAAAGAGAUGCAGGCAGCUGCUGUAUUGUUUCCAUGGUAUCAAGCUCCAUCACCAUCCAGGACCCCCGUGACUCCCAGAGCCGCCGGUCGUUCUGCUUUGACUAUGCCUACUGGUCCCACAGCGGCUUCGCUCAAGACCGCAGUGGACUCUAUCUGCCUGAAGAGCCUGGAGGACGAUACGCAGACCAGGACAGUGUGUUCCAGGACCUGGGUGUAGGAAUACUGGAGAAUGCAGUGCAGGGCUACAAUGCCACACUGUUGGCCUAUGGACAGACGGGGUCGGGGAAGAGUUACUCGAUGGUGGGAUACGGGCCAAAUAAAGGCCUGGUUCCUAAACUCUGUGACCGACUAUUUCAGGUCAUUAGAGAAAACCAGGAUACCAGACAAUGCCAGGUAUUUUUCAGUAUGUUGGAAAUCUAUAAUGAGCAGGUGGUCGACCUGCUGUCUCGGGCUUCACGAACUCCAGGGGGGCUCAGAGUCAGAGAGGAGCAGCAAAGAGGCUUCUAUGUGGAGGGUCUCCGUACAGUCCCCUGUGACAGUGCACAACAGGUGGAGCAGUUGAUGGAACAGGGGACCAGGACCAGAACCACUGCUGCUACUCACAUGAACGCCAACAGCAGCCGCUCACACAUGCUCAUCAUCCUCCAGCUCAAACAGAUCUUUUCUAAAGAGAGCAUCACAAAGCAGUCUAACAUUAACCUGGUGGACCUGGCUGGCAGUGAGCGCCAGCGGUCAUCAGGGUCAGAGGCUGACCGACUCAAAGAGGGCACGGCCAUCAACCUGAGCCUCACCACGCUGGGCAAUGUCAUCAGCACCCUCGCUGAUGUGGCGGUGGGGAAGAAAGUCGUCCAUAUUCCUUACAGAGACUCAGUUCUCACGAAGUUGCUACAGUCUGCUCUGGGAGGCAACAGUCGCACUGUUAUGAUUGCCACACUGAGCCCUGCUGACAUCUGCUAUGAGGAGUCUUUGUCAACUCUGCGUUAUGCUGAGAGGGCAAAGCGCAUCCAGAACCGGGCUGUGGUGAAUGAGAGCCCCACUGAGCGUCUAGUUAAGGAGCUAAAGGCAGAGAAUGCCAGACUGCUGCAACGACUGAGCCGGCUGGGCCACGAGGGCCGCAGAACUAAUGACGAGACCAAGGAGCUCCGUCAGCUUUUGACCCACAAUGAGCUCCAGAUUAGAGCCAUUCAGACUCUGUGGGAACAACACCUGCAAGAGGCACUGAAGGACUGGGAGCAACAGUAUGCUAACAUCACACAGGAGAGGAGAAUGAUGCAGAUGCAUCCCUACAUCCUGAACAUCAACGAGGAUGCUCAGCUGUCAGGAGUGGUCAAGCUUUUCAUCCAGGAGGGUGAAUGGGGCAUUGGCCUCUGUGACUCCUCCCCAAGAUCCAUCUCUAUCAAGGGUUUAGGCAUCCAGGAACAUCAUGCUGCAUUCAGGAACGAACAGCGCCGGGUAACACUGACUCCACUAGCAGGGUCAAAGGUCAUUGUUAAUGGCAAUUCUGUCUCUCAGACAACUGAGCUGCAGCACCUGGAUCGGCUCAUUCUUGGGUCCAACUGCACCUACCUUUUCAUCGGUUUUCCAUCUGAAAGGGGAGGGGAUGACUGGAGCCGCUAUGACUACGACUACUUCCAGUCUGAGCUGGCUGCUGCUGAGGGCAUCCACCUGGGUGAGUCCAGUGCGGGGUCCAGUCAGACAGACCCCAGUCUGCUGGCCGUCUUCUAUGACUAUAUCAAAUUGAUGCCCAUGGUGGCUGAAGUCAACCAAAUGAGCCAGGAGCUGAAGAAGGGGGUGGAGUUCAAGCUGGAGAUCAAGAAUUUGGCACUGUCAGAUUCAAAAGGCCACGAUCUGGAGAAAGAGAUUGUUAUCAGAGUCACCUCUGUGGGAAGCAAACAGGUUUGGAUGUGGUCAAAGGCCAAGUUUGUUAACCGUAAGUUCCUGAUGGAAGACGUCUACCAGCAGCAUCAGGGGCUGUCUGCAGCUGCUUUACCCAGAGAUAAAGACCCCUUCUGGGAUCCAAUGGAGCCUCUGCUCCUGGGUACUGCUCACCUCUGGCUCCAGUCUUUGGCCUUCCGCAUCCCUCUAGAGGAGCAACUGGAGGUGCUGGGGUCAGAGGGGACAGAGGAGGCCAUUCUACAAGCACAGCUGGUCCCCUGUUCCUCCACUGGACUCCCUCUGGGUGAAGACGACAUCCUGAUUGACCCGUCUGAGUUACUGGGUCGACGACUGGACUUUCAGCUGUUCCUGGAACAGUGUUGUGGGCUCCGCUGGAUCAGAGAGGCUCGCAAUAGAGGAGUCCAAAUUGGUUUCAGGUUAUUUGACUGCAGCCAGCCUCUCUACACUCCAGCUGUGUGGCACAAUGUCAAUCCUCUGUUGGAUCACAGAGUUCACUUUGCCUCCCUCCACACCUCCCAACAUCUCCUGGACUACCUAGAGAGCAGUGCUGUCGUUCUGGAGCUCUGGGGCCUUCAAGAGGGUUGUACUGACUUGGUGUCGUCUCUGGACGGUGUGAGGAUGACCACAGAAGGCGUCUUCAUCAUCGAUGAGGCAGGCCCGACAGACACUAUUGACUUGGAGGAGCUGAAAAGCAUAAAUGGUUCCCUGAAGAUGGAGAAUCAGAGUCUGAGAGAACAGCUCAACACAGCCAGGAACGGUGGGGAGGGUGUGCGUGGUCGGUCGGUUCGUCCCAGCUGUGAUGCAGAGUUUGCUCGUGCUCUCAAGGUUUUCUACCACAACAUGACCUCAGUGAGGGGUCAGCUGCAGCGCCUGCGCAGACACAGACCCAGCGAGGAAUCUGACCUGCUGGGGCUCCGAUUGUUUGUGGAUGAGCAGAGCCGUCUGCUGAGAGACUUCUCAGAGCAGCUGGAGCAGAGUGUCUCCACACUCAAACAAGAUGUAGCCGCCAUUGUUCGCCGGAAACGAGAACGAUCAGGAAUCUGGUCAUGA